CGGGUCCAAGAUGGCCGGGUGCCUGCGGUCCGCUCCCGUCAGCGGCCCCGAGUCCCAUUCAUUGCCCCGUUGCUGAGAGGGGUCGCGCGCCGGUCCGAGGACUCCGGGCGCUGCCCCCGUGGGCCGGGAAGGCGCCAUGGCGACCCUGGAAAAGCUGAUGAAGGCCUUCGAGUCCCUCAAGUCGUUCCAGCAGCAGCAGCAGCCGCCGCCGCCGCCGUCUCAGCUGCCUCAGCCGCCGCCGCAGGCGCAGCCGCCGCCGCCUCAGCCGCAGCCGCCGCCGCCGCCGCCGCCGCCGCCGCAGCCGCAGGGCCCGGCCGGGGCCGACGAGCCGCUGCACCGACCAAAGAAAGAACUCUUGGCCACCAAGAAAGACCGUGUGAAUCACUGUCUGACAAUCUGUGAAAACAUAGUAGCGCAGUCUCUCAGAAAUUCUCCAGAAUUCCAGAAACUCCUGGGCAUCGCCAUGGAGCUUUUCCUGCUGUGCAGUGAUGACGCCGAGUCUGAUGUGAGGAUGGUGGCUGACGAGUGUCUCAACAAGGUCAUCAAGGCCCUGAUGGACUCCAACCUCCCACGGCUGCAGCUCGAACUCUACAAGGAAAUAAAGAAGAACGGUGCAUCUCGAAGCCUGCGUGCGGCCCUGUGGAGGUUUGCUGAGCUGGCACACCUGGUCCGGCCCCAGAAAUGCAGGCCGUACCUGGUCAACCUCUUGCCUUGUCUGACUCACACAAGCAAGAGGCCCGAGGAAUCUGUUCAGGAAACCUUGGCUGCCGCCAUACCCAAGAUCAUGGCUUCCUUUGGCAAUUUUGCGAACGACAAUGAAAUUAAGGUUUUGUUGAAAGCUUUCAUCGCGAACCUUCGCGCCAGCUCCCCGACUGUCCGGCGCACCGCAGCUGGCGCCGCCGUGAGCAUCUGCCAGCACUCCCGGAGGACACAGUAUUUCUACAGCUGGCUGCUCAGCGUGCUCCUGGGCUUACUUGUUCCUGUCGAGGACGGACAUUCCACACUCCUCAUUCUUGGGGUGCUGCUCACACUGAGGUAUUUGGUGCCCCUGCUGCAACAGCAGGUCAAGGACACCAGCCUGAAAGGCAGCUUUGGGGUGACACGGAAGGAAAUGGAGGUCUCGCCCUCGACAGAGCAGCUUGUCCAGGUGUACGAGUUGACCCUGCACUACACUCAGCACCAGGACCACAACGUUGUCACCGGGGCGCUAGAGCUCCUGCAGCAGCUCCUGCGCACCCCCCCUCCAGAGCUGCUGCUGGCCCUGACCACAGCCGGUGGUGGGGGGCAGCUGGCGGGUACCAAAGAUGAGCCAGGUGGCCGGAGUCGGAGUGGGAGUAUCGUGGAGCUGAUCGCUGGAGGGGGGUCUUCCUGCAGCCCCGUGCUUCCCAGAAAGCAAAAAGGGUCGAUGCUGUUGGGAGAAGCAGCUGCCUUGGAGGAUGACACGGAGCCAAGGUCAGAGGGCAGCAGCCCAGCCUUCACAGCCUCGGUCAAGGGUGAGAUCGGUGGUGAGCUGGCAGCCUCUUCUGGCCUCUCCACGCCGGGCUCGGCCAACUCGACCGCGGACUCGGCGGCACACGACAUCAUCACCGAGCAGCCCCGAUCACAGCACACACUGCAGCCCGACACAGUGGAACUGAGCAGCUGCGACCUAACCAGCGCGGCCACCGACGGGGAUGAGGAGGACAUCCUGAGCCCCAGCUCCAGCCAGAUCAGUGCCGUGCCGUCUGACCCCGCCACGGACCUGAACGAUGGCACGCAGGCCUCCUCACCCAUCAGCGACAGCUCCCAGACAACCACCGAGGGGCCUGAUUCAGCUGUGACCCCUUCAGACAGUUCCGAAAUUGUCUUAGAUGGUGUGGACAGUCAGCACUCGGGGAUCGGCCAGCCCGAGGAUGAGGACAUUUCCGACGAGGCUUCAGACGCCUUCAGAAGCUCCUCCCUCGCCCUGCAGCAGGCGCACUUGCUGGAGCGCGUGGGCCACAGCAGACAGCCGUCCGAUGGCAGCGUGGAGCGCCUUGCACUGAGAGAGGAUGCUGUGGAGCCCAGCGAGCUUGAGAACAAGCCCUGCCGGAUCAAAGGUGACAUAGGACACUCUGCGGAUGAUGACUCUGCUCCUCUUAUCCACUGUGUUCGCCUUUUGUCUGCAUCAUUUUUGCUGACAGGGGAGAAGAACGUCCUGGUUCCUGACAGGGACGUACGGGUCAGCGUGAAAGCUCUGGCGCUCAGCUGCGUGGGAGCAGCCGUAGCCCUGCACCCGGAAGCUUUCUUCAGCAAACUUUACAGAGUUCCUUUGGACCCCAUGGAAUAUCCUGAGGAGCAGUACGUGUCUGACAUCCUGAACUACAUCAACCACGGAGACCCACAGGUCCGAGGAGCCACAGCCCUCCUCUGCGGGACCCUCAUCUGCUCCGUCCUCAGCAGUUCCCGCUUCCACGUGGGACAUUGGAUGGGCAACAUCCGAGCUCUGACAGGAAACACUUUUUCUCUGGUGGACUGCAUUCCUUUGCUGCAGAAAACGCUGAAGGAUGAAUCUUCUGUAACCUGCAAGUUGGCUUGUACAGCUGUACGGCACUGCAUCAUGAGUCUGUGCAGCAGCAGCUACAGUGCACUGGGGCUGCAGUUGCUCACCGAUGUGCUAAGCCUGAGGAACAGCUCCUACUGGCUGGUGCGGACGGAGCUCCUGGAGACCCUGGCAGAGAUAGACUUCCGGUUGGUGAGCUUUCUGGAGGCCAAAGCAGACAGCUUACACCGCGGAGCACAUCAUUACACCGGGCUUUUAAAACUUCAGGAACGAGUGCUCACUAAUGUUGUCAUCUAUUUGCUCGGGGACGAAGACCCCAGGGUCCGGCAUGUUGCUGCAGCUUCGUUAGCGAGGCUUGUCCCAAAGCUGUUUUAUAAGUGUGACCAAGGACAAGCUGACCCCGUGGUGGCCGUGGCCCGGGACCAGAGCAGCGUUUACCUGAAGCUGCUCAUGCAUGAGACGCAGCCACCCUGCCACUUCUCCGUCAGCACCAUCACCAGAAUAUAUAGAGGCUAUAACUUACUGCCCAGCAUCACUGAUGUCACCAUGGAAAACAACCUUUCGCGAGUGAUCGCUGCUGUGUCUCGUGGACUGAUCACCUCCACCACUCGCGCUCUCACAUUUGGAUGCUGUGAAGCUUUGUGUCUCCUUUCAACGGCCUUUCCUGUUUGUAUUUGGAGCUUGGGCUGGCACUGUGGAGUACCCCCGCUGAGUGCCACUGAUGAGUCCCGCAAGAGCUGCACGGUGGGGAUGGCCGCCAUGGUGCUCACCUUGCUCUCGUCCGCCUGGUUCCCGCUUGACCUGUCCGCCCACCAGGAUGCCCUCAUUUUGACAGGCAACUUGCUUGCAGCCAGUGCCCCCAAGUCUCUCAGAAGUUCUUGGAACUCUGAAGAAGAGGCCACCCCAGCAGCCACCAAGCAGGAGGAGGUGUGGCCCGCGCUGGGGGACCGGAGCCUGGUGCCGAUGGUGGAGCAGCUCUUCUCCCAUCUGCUGAAGGUCAUCAACAUCUGUGCACACGUCCUGGAUGACGUGACUCCUGGGCCUGCUCUCAAGGCAGCCUUGCCGUCCCUGACAAACCCGCCCUCGCUGAGUCCGAUCCGGCGGAAGGGGAAGGAGAAAGAGCCCGGGGAGCAGGCCUCGGCGCCACUGAGCCCUAAGAAAGGCAGUGAGGCCAGUCCAGCCUCUCGACAGUCUGAUACUUCAGGGCCAGUGACAGCCAACAAAUCCUCCUCUCUGGGAAGUUUCUACCACCUUCCUUCCUACCUCAAACUGCACGAUGUCCUCAAGGCCACUCACGCCAACUACAAGGUCACCUUGGAUCUGCAGAACAGCUCUGAGAAGUUUGGGGGCUUUCUGCGCUCUGCCCUGGAUGUUCUCGCUCAGAUCCUCGAGUUGGCAACUCUGCAGGACAUUGGGAAGUGUGUCGAAGAGAUCCUGGGGUAUCUGAAAUCCUGCUUCAGUCGAGAGCCCACCAUGGCGACUGUCUGUGUCCAGCAACUGUUAAAGACUCUUUUUGGAACGAACUUGGCCUCCCAGUUUGAUGGCUUGUCCUCCAACCCCAGCAAGUGUCAAGGCCAAGCCCAGCGUCUGGGCUCCUCCAGCGUGAGGCCGGGCUUGUACCACUACUGCUUCAUGGCUCCCUACACCCACUUCACCCAGGCCUUGGCCGACGCAAGCCUGAGGAACAUGGUGCAGGCCGAGCAGGACCACGACCCCGCAGGCUGGUUUGAUGUACUCCAGAAAGUGUCUACCCAGUUAAAGAGUAACCUCACGAGUGUCGCGAAGAACCGCACAGAUAAGAAUGCUAUUCACAGCCACAUCCGCCUGUUCGAGCCGCUUGUCAUCAAAGCUCUGAAGCAGUAUACCACCACCACAUCCGUGCAGCUGCAGAGGCAGGUUUUGGAUCUGCUGGCACAGCUGGUUCAGUUGAGGGUCAAUUACUGUCUCCUGGACUCUGAUCAGGUGUUUAUCGGAUUUGUGCUGAAGCAGUUUGAAUACAUCGAAGUAGGCCAGUUCAGGGAAUCAGAGGCAAUUAUUCCGAACAUAUUUUUCUUCCUGGUGUUACUGUCUUACGAACGCUAUCAUUCCAAGCAGAUCAUUGGAAUUCCCAAAAUCAUUCAGCUCUGUGAUGGCAUCAUGGCCAGUGGGAGGAAGGCCGUGACUCACGCCAUCCCAGCCCUGCAGCCCAUCGUCCACGACCUGUUUGUGUUGAGAGGAACCAAUAAGGCCGAUGCGGGGAAAGAGCUGGAAACGCAGAAGGAGGUGGUGGUGUCCAUGCUGCUGAGACUUAUCCAGUACCACCAGGUGGUGGAGAUGUUCAUCCUUGUCCUGCAGCAGUGCCACAAGGAGAAUGAGGACAAGUGGAAACGCCUGUCUCGGCAGGUUGCCGACGUCGUCCUCCCUAUGCUGGCCAGGCAACAGAUGCACAUCGACUCCCACGAAGCCCUGGGCGUGGUGAACACGCUCUUCGAGAUCCUGGCCCCUGCCUCCCUCCGGCCCGUGGACAUGCUCCUGCGCAGCAUGUUCGUCACCCCCAACACCAUGGCCUCCGUGAGCACGGUCCAGCUGUGGAUCUCCGGUAUCCUGGCCAUUCUGAGGGUCCUCAUCUCCCAGUCAACAGAAGACAUUGUUCUUUCUCGGAUCCAGGAGCUUGCUCUAUCUCCCUACUUCAUCUCCUGCCAAAUAAUCAAUAGGUUACGAGAUGGUGACAGAAGCCCGACACCGGAAGAGCACAGCGAAGGGAAACAGACUAAGAUGCUGCCAGAAGAAACGUUUUCUCGGUUCCUGCUGCAGUUGGUCGGCAUCCUCCUGGAGGACAUCGGCACGAAGCGGCUGAGAGUGGAAAUGAGCGAACAGCAGCACACGUUCUACUGCCAGGAGCUGGGCACACUGCUCAUGUGUCUCAUCCACAUCUUCAAGUCAGGAAUGUUCCGGAGGAUCACGGCUGCCGCCACACGCCUCUUCACAGCCGAGGCCACUGAUGGCAGCUUCUAUGGACUGGAGAGCCUGAAGGCGCGUGUGCGCUCCAUGGCGCCCACACACCCAGCGCUGGUGCUGCUGUGGUGCCAGGUGCUGCUGCUCGUCAGCCACACGGACUACCGCUGGUGGGCGGAGGUGCAGCAGACCCCCAAAAGGCGCAGUCUGUCCAGCACGAAGACACUCAGUCCGCAGCUGUCCGGAGACGAGGAGGAUUCUGACUCUGCAGCCAGGCUGGGCAUGUGCAACCGGGAGAUUGUGCGGAGAGGCGCGCUUAUCCUCUUCUGUGAUUAUGUCUGUCAGAACCUGCAUGACUCUGAGCACUUGACGUGGCUCAUCGUGAACCACAUCCAGGACCUGAUCAGCCUGUCCCACGAGCCGCCCGUGCAGGACUUCAUCAGCGCCGUCCAUCGCAACUCUGCCGCCAGUGGCCUCUUCAUCCAGGCCAUCCAGUCUCGCUGUGACAACCUGUCAGCUCCCGCCACCCUGAAGAAGACGCUGCAGUGCCUAGAGGGGAUCCACCUGAGCCAGUCGGGUGCCGUGCUCACGCUCUACGUGGACAAGCUGCUGAGCACCCCGCUCCGCGUGCUGGCUCGCAUGGUCGACACCUUGGCUUGUCGCCGGGUCGAAAUGCUCCUGGCUGCCAAUUUACAGAGCAGCGCAGCCCAGCUGCCAGCAGAGGAGCUGCGCCGCAUCCAGGAGCACCUUCAGAGCAGCGGGCUGGCUCAGAGACACCAGCGGCUCUACUCCCUGCUGGACAGGCUCCGCCUCACCUCCGCCCCCGGCUCCCGUGGCCCCACGCCUCCGCUCAUGUCCCACCCGCUGGACGGGGAUGGGCCCCUGGCACUGGAAACAAUAAAUCCAGACAAGGAUUGGUACAUCCAUCUGGUUCAAUCCCAGUGCUGGACCAGGUCCGAUUCUGCCCUGCUGGAAGGGGCAGAGCUGGUGAAUCACAUCCCUGCUGGGGACAUGAAUGCGUUCAUGAUGGACCCGGAGUUCAACCUCAGCCUGCUCGCCCCCUGCCUAGGCCUGGGCCUGCGUGAAAUUUCUGGGGGCCAGAAGAGCCCCCUGUUUGAAGCAGCUCGAAUGGUGACUCUGGACCGUGUGGCCAGCAUGGUUCAGCAGCUUCCUGCUGUCCACCAAGUUUUCCAGCCAUUCCUGCCUGCGGAGCCCACUGCUUACUGGAACAAAUUAGACGACCUGUUUGGGGAUGCCGCGCUCUACUGUUCCCUGACCACUCUGGCACGCGCACUGGCUCAGUACCUGCUGGCCACUUCCAAGCUGCCUAGCCGUUUGCACCUUCCCCCAGAGAAGGAGGGUGACACCGUGAAGUUUGUGGUGAUGGUGCUGGAGGCACUGGCCUGGCAGUUGGUGCACGAGCACAUCCCGCUGAGCCUGGACUUGCAGGCUGGCCUGGACUGCUGCUGCCUGGCCCUGCAGCUGCCUGGCCUAUGGAGUUUGGUCUCCUCUCCGGACAUGGUCACCCACGCCUGUUCCCUCAUCCACUGCGUCCGCUGCCUCCUGGAAGCCAUUGUGGUUCAGCCUGGAGAUCAGCUGCUGAGUCCCGAGAGGACUGACAUUCCACAGACUGCCAGAAACGAAGUCGGUUCAAAUGCGCAGACCCCUGAGUACGUGGCCACGGCCUGUGUGAUGGUGGCAGAAAUGGUGGAGUCCCUGCCGUCGGUGCUAGCCCUGGGCCAUCAGAGGAGCAGUGGUGUGCCGGCCUUCCUCACACCCGUGCUCAGGAACAUCGUGGUCAGCCUGGCGCGCUUGCCCCUCGUCAACAGCUACACACGUGUGCCCCCACUGGUGUGGAAGCUCGGCUGGUCACCGAGACCAGGCGGGGACUUUGGCACAGUGUACCCUGAGAUCCCUGUGGAAUUCCUGCAGGAGAAGGAAGUCCUCAAGGGCUUCAUCUACCGCAUCAACACACUAGGGUGGACCAGCCGGACACAGUUCGAGGAGACGUGGGCCACCCUUCUUGGAGUGCUGGUGACGCAGCCACUCGUGCUGGAGCAGGAGGAAAGCCCACCGGAAGAGGACACAGAGAGGACCCAGAUCAAUGUCCUGGCUGUGCAGGCCAUCAGCUCCCUGGUGCUGAGCGCCAUGACUGUACCCGUGGCCGGCAACCCUGCCAUGAGCUGCUUGGAGCAGCAGCCGCGGAGCAAGCCCCUCAAAGCCCUGGACACCAGGUUUGGGAGAAAGCUGAGCAUCAUCCGAGGAAUCAUAGAGCAAGAAAUUCAGGCAAUGGUUUCAAAGAGAGAGAACAUCGCCACCCAUCACCUGUACCAGACGUGGGAUCCUGUACCUUCCCUGUCUGCAGCCACUACAGGUGCCCUCAUCAGCCACGACAAGCUGCUGCUGCAGACCAAUCCUGAGCGGGAGCUGGGCGACAUGAGCUACCAGCUGGGCCAGGUGUCCAUCCAUUCCAUGUGGCUGGGGAACAACAUCACGCCCCUGCGAGCGGAGGAGUGGGGUGACGACGAGGAGGAGGAGGCAGACACGCCCGCACCAGUCUCGCCGCCCACAUCCCCAGUGAAUUCCAGGAAGCACCGGGCUGGAGUGGAUAUCCACUCCUGUUCACAGUUCCUGCUGGAGUUGUACAGUCGCUGGAUCCUGCCCUCCAGUUCAGCCAGAAAGACGCCUGUCAUCCUCAUCAGCGAAGUGGUGCGAUCCCUCCUUGUGGUGUCGGACUUGUUCACGGAGCGCAGCCAGUUUGAGAUGAUGUAUGUGACCCUGAUGGAACUGCGGAGAGCACACCCCGCUGAGGAUGAGAUCCUGCUUCAAUACCUGGUGCCCGCCACCUGCAAGGCGGCUGCUGUCCUUGGCAUGGACAAGGCUGUGGCCGAGCCUGUGAGCCGGCUGCUGGAGAGCGCGCUGCGGAGCAGCCACCUGCCCAGCAAGAUUGGGGCCCUGCAUGGCGUCCUCUACGUGCUGGAGUGUGACCUGCUGGACGACACUGCCAAGCAGCUCAUCCCGGUUGUCAGCGACUACGUUCUCUCCAAUCUCAAGGCCGUGGCCCACUGCGUGAACGUCCACAGCCAGCAGCACGUGCUGGUGACCUGUGCCACCGCCUUCUACCUGAUCGAGAACUACCCUCUGGAUGUGGGGCCCGAGUUCUCAGCAUCCAUCAUACAGAUGUGUGGGGUGAUGCUGUCGGCCAGUGAGGAGGCCACCCCGUCCAUCGUCUACCACUGCGUGCUGCGGGGCCUGGAGCGCCUCCUGCUGUCCGAGCAGCUCUCCCGGCUGGACUCUGAGUCCCUGGUGAAGCUGAGCGUGGACAGAAUCAACGUGCACAGCCCACACCGCGCCCUGGCGGCCCUGGGCCUGAUGCUCACCUGCAUGUACACAGGAAAGGAGAAGAUAAGCCCCGGCAGGGCCCCUGAGCCCAGCCCAGCUUCCCCGGACAGCGAGUCAGUGAUCGUGGCCAUGGAGCGUGUUUCCGUGCUCUUCGACAGGAUCCGGAAGGGCUUUCCCUGUGAGGCCCGUGUGGCAGCGCGGAUCCUGCCCCAGUUUCUCGACGACUUCUUCCCACCCCAGGACGUGAUGAAUAAAGUCAUCGGGGAGUUUCUGUCCAACCAGCAGCCGUACCCACAGUUCAUGGCCACUGUUGUGUACAAGGUCUUCCAGACGCUGCACAACACAGGCCAGUCAUCCAUGGUGCGGGACUGGGUCAUGCUGUCGCUGUCCAAUUUCACGCAGAGGACCCCAGUGGCCAUGGCUGUGUGGAGUCUCUCCUGCUUCUUCAUCAGCGCCUCGACCAGCCCGUGGGUGUCAGCCAUCCUCCCGCAUGUGGUCAGCAGGAUGGGCAAGCUGGAGCAAGUGGACAUUAACCUCUUCUGCCUGGUGGCCACGGACUUCUACAGGCAGCAGAUAGAGGAGGAACUGGACCGCCGGGCCUUUCAGUCGGUGUUUGAGGUGGUGGCGGCACCCGGGAACCCGUACCAGCGCCUGCUCACGUGCUUGCGGAACCUGCACGAGGGCGCCGCGUGCUAAGCACCCACCGGGGCGCAGGACGAAUCCGCCCGCCACCAGCCGGUGCACCCACCUCGGCACCUGGGGCCACAGCGCCGGGGCGGAUGAGCAGCAAGUCUUCCCCUUCCUGCUAGAGCUCAUGUCCCGCCAGGCGCCCCUAACCUGCGUCUGGGACGCAGCACCCCACGCUUGGGGGGAGCCAGCAGCCCCCCUGUCCGCCUGGCCCAGAGAGCACUGCCUGUAGCUCCCCGAGAGGCUCCGGAAGCCAGGGGGCGGGGCGGGGCGGGCACUCGGGUGGGUUGCUGCCCGUGCGCCAAGGGAUGCGGAGCCGGGUGGCUGAAACCAGAUGCCCAGCCUCCUGCUUCCCUUUCUCUGUUCUCUUCUCAGGAUUUAAACUUUAAUGAUAUCAGUAAAGAGAUUAAUUUUAAGGUACCUCUCGACGCCGUCUAAGUGUGUGUCGCGAGGCCUGUGUUGCAUGCGACAGUGCCAUUCCCCUCUGCAGGGCUCACCGUGGUACUCUGGAGCUUGUCCAGAGGGCUCCUUUUUUAUGUGCUC